AUGCAGUCGAGCAUCCGCGCUCAGGCUGAAGUCCAGGCCCAGAGGAAGAAGCAGCUCGCAAACUCGUACAAGCAGCUCCUCGAUGAAUUUAACGCCCCGGACCUGAAGAACGUGGGCAACUAUACGCUGGGACGGCUGAUUGGGAAGGGCAGCUUUGGGAAGGUCUACCUGGCCUCCCACAAGCUCACCAAUGGCUCCAAGGUCGUGCUCAAGUCCGCGAAGAAGGACGAUGCGAACCUCGCCCGCGAGAUCCACCACCACCGCCAGUUCAUCCACCCGCACAUUGCGCGCUUAUACGAGGUUAUAGUCACAGAGUCGCUGGUCUGGCUGGUGCUGGAAUACUGCCCUGGCGACGAGUUAUACAACUACCUCCUCGCGCACGGCGCGCUCGAACCGGCCAAGGUCCAGAAAAUCUUCACCCAGCUCGUCGGCGCCGUCUCGUACGUCCACAACAAGUCCUGCGUCCACCGCGACCUCAAGCUCGAGAACAUCCUGCUCGACAAAUACGAAAACGUCAAAUUGGUCGACUUUGGCUUCACACGCGAAUACGAAGGCAAGUCAAACUACUUGCAGACAUGGUGCGGCACCGUGUGCUAUAGCGCACCCGAGAUGCUCAAGGGCGAAAAGUACGCGGGCGAAAAGGUGGACGUGUGGAGUCUGGGGAUCAUUCUAUAUGCGCUUUUGGUGGGCGAGCUGCCCUUUGACGACGACAACGAGAUGGUUACGAAAACAAAGAUUUUGAAGGAGGAACCGAAAUACCCCGAGAGCUUUCCGCAACAGGCGAAGGAGCUGUGCCAGAGUUUGCUAUCGAAACGCCCCAUAUUGAGACCCACGUUGGCGGAUAUAUUGCAGAAUCCUUGGUUGGCGGAGCAUGCGCCGAGGCAGCAGGAGAUUUUGAAGCUGACGCAGCCGGAGCCGUUCUCAACGGAGCUGGAGAAGGAGGUUUUGCAUAGGAUGCGCGCUGCUGGUGUGGAUAUGGACACUAUUAUUGAGAAUGUCCUGGCGCAACGGUGCGAUGCGCUGGCUGGCUGGUGGGCAUUGUUACUCGAAAAGGAAGAGAGGAAAGCCAGGAGAAGAGAACGCAAACGAAAAGAGAGGGAAGCCGAGGCUAAGAGUUUGAGGCGAUUGAGCGCCGCGAGCAGUCGCUUGGAUAAGCUUGCACCUACCAUAAAAGAGACGGACGAGGAGGGACAUCACUCGGGUCUAUUAGGGGACCCGCCCAAGAGUCGAGGACGGGCCCGCAACCGCAGCAGUUUGCAUGGUGUACCCUCUGACCUCCCAAAGCUCCUGGAAUCUGGAACCUCGCCCGAACCAGACGCCGAUUUACCUCCACCUCCAGUCCCCAAGGACCACAUCAGGACCUCGGAUUCGUCAUCCCGGCCGCCUCCGCCGCCCAAAGAGAUGAUGAGAAGACGGUCCCAAGCAAGCAUGCUCCAAGUAGUAUCCACCAACCCAGACCUCCUAAGUCCAAACGGCUUCGUCCCCAAGCGCCGACGGAAAUACCAACCCCCCUUCUUCAACCACCUAACCUCUUCCCUCCGAAACUGGAUCAAAGAAACCUCAAAACGCGCCCGCUCACCAGGCGGCUCCAAAGCCUCAUCCGCGAAAUCCCCUCCCAGCCCGACUCCUCCACCACCUCCCCGAAUCAAAACGCCGCCCCGCCAACGCAAACCGCAACUCGAGCGUACACGCCCACCACGCAGGCGCCACGCCCUCAACCCACGUCGCCGCCCGGCCCCGCGUAUCUUCGUCCGGGAAACGACCGUCUGUGUCCCCUGCGCCACUCACCCCACGCUCCUCCUACCGCCGUUCCUCAGGCGGUCUCCGCGGCCGCAAAUCCACCUCCUCAUCCAUCUCCUCCAUCCGCUCCAUGCCGCACCACCACCACACGCACUCCAAAGCAAGCUCCACCUCCUCUGCAAGCAUAACCUCGCCCGCGCUCAGCGUCUCAGGCCACGCCCACCACAAGUCGUCCAAGUCGCCGCACGCAAGCGUCAAGGUUCUCCCUGCUACGCCGACACACACGUCGUUCCUAAUAACAUCCGCGUGGGGCUCGCGGUGCGCGGCGGGCUAAGUGAGGGCGGGGCGGCCUUCGGGCAGCAGCCGCCCGGGAGUCCGGGGCUUGUUUUCGCGAAGCGGAAGAGGAGUGUGUUCAAGGGGCCGGGGUUGGCGCUGAAUUUUGGGCAGGGGCAGGGCUUGGGGCUUCAGGGGAGUUCUGCUUCUGCCUCUGGCGCGGCUGGUGCUAGGCGGGAACAACAGCAGCAGAGUAGAGCGCAGAGUACGCAGGGCCGGCGCAGCACGGAGAUCAUGGGCAUUGCGGAGGAGGAAGAAGACGAAGAGGAGAUUGAAGAGGUGGAGGAGUUUAGUCCUGUGAUAGGGGGCGUGGAGGAGGUUUUCAGUGAGGAGGAGGAGACGCGUGGGGAGCGGAGAGUCCUAGUGUUGCUUGAGGAGAGGGAGGAGAGUGGUGGGCCUUUGGCGGGUGAGGCGGGGAAGGAGGAUGCGCCUGGUACGGCGGGUGCGAAGGCGCCGCUUACGCCGGAGAAAGACACAAAGGAGGCAUAG